AUACGUUCAUAAGUAUAUAUUCUGAGUUACGUUGCUUGGCGUGUAAUGUAUUUGGUUAAAUCGUUCGCGAGGAAUGUAGGCUAUGAGUCAUUUGUACCAGAUGAUGUCAUCAUGUACAGGUUAACAUUAACACUGACCAGUCAACUUCGAACCUAGUUGUCUUAUUCUUUGUGACUUGAGUGAAGCUCUGUUGAAGCUGUCAAAUAUGGAGUUUGAGGAAGAGAGAACUCAGGAAAACCUCACAGAGGAUUCUGACAGACAAAUCCACAUAGAUGAGAUAAAACAAGAAAGUAGCCGAAACAUUUGCCAGCACUUCCUCUUGGGCAGAUGUCAUUUCGGUGACAGAUGUCGACUGUCUCACAGUAUGCUUGAUGUCCCUCAAACCACACACUCAGAGGAAGAUGAUACAACCGUCACAGAAAAGCAGAGCAAGAACCGAAGAAAUAGAAAAAAGAUGAAUGCAGAAAAGCAGCAUAUAAAGACCGAGAAAGAAGGGUGUAAGAAGAAGCCACGCAUGCGUACAGCCGAUGAUGUCAUCUCCAGAAUUAUAUGGGACUCCUCAGUGGACCCAGGUGAUUUUGUAGUUGGUCACCUGGACCGCUUCCUUGGGGUGCUGGAACGCCCGUUCUCUGACUUUGCAUGGGACACUCAGGUGGUUGACUGUGACUUCUCUGAGGAGCUGGCUCUCCCUCGUCAUAGGAUCCAGUACUUCAGCUACAAAGGCCAGCGGGUGUGGGAUAGAGACAGUCGCACUGACAGGGUGUUCGGCUCCACUGGGCAGACUAUUUUGCCACCUUUUGGCAGUGAGGAUCAGCAGCAAGAAAAUUUAACACCAGACACUGUACAGCAUGAAGAGACCACAAACACAGCCGGUGUUUCAAAUGACCUAGAGCAAGCAACUGAAGAGCAGGAAGAUGCCAUAGAUCACUCGUUUACCAAAAAUGCCGAGGAAGGAACCAGUGAUGACACCUUACGAUUGCAACAAGAAUCUACACCAGAAAACAAAAAGAUGGCUGCUACUGAAGAUCACAGUUUGAAUCAUUUGGCAGAGGAGCUGUCCAUCACUCAGAAAGAAGAACAGGCUGAAAUAGUGGAAGAAUGGAAGAACAGCUGGGAUGGAGCGAGUGGUCCAGAAUCAGAGCAGGUUCAGCUUCAACCACAGUCGAGACGUCCGCCACCACGCAAGCCCACUCACUUCAUCUGCUUCCGCGUGGACUCUCCCGCUGCUCUCCAGGCCUUCCAGCGCGUUCAGAAGAAGGUUCUCUCCCACGUCCCUCAGUCAGAGCCGCUGUGGGUGAACCCUGCAACUUUACACGUCACUCUCUCUUUGCUUGUUCUCAAUGGCCCAGAGGAAGUCAGUGCUGCUGCUGAGCUCCUGCGUACCACAGUCGGAAACUCCCACAAACCCCCUAUAUCUGUGUCUUUCACCCCAAAACUAAGGCACUUUAAUGGGACUGUUCUUCAUGUGAGUCCACAACCCCUGUCAGAUGUCCAGAGCCUGAAUUCCCCUCUCCAAGAAGCCUUCAAGGAGAAGGGCUGGCUUCACCGUCAUUCCCGAUGCCCUUCGUACCAUCUCACCCUGGCCAAAGCACAGGAGCCCAUGACAGACAAGAUGUUUGAAGGGAUAGGGGCUGUUAAACUGGCCAAAGAUGUAAACUUUGGCAAGCUAGAAGUAAAUAAACUCUAUCUUUGUGUGAAUAAUCAUACAAAGACAGAGAACGGUUUCUAUCAGGUUGUAUGUGCUGUGCAGCUGCCCAAUGUGUAAAAGUGCCUGGUUAUGUAUCUAAAGUCAGAGAUGAUGCUCAUUAAAUAACUACAUCAAAAAAAUUUAUAAUAAUAAAAUUAAUUUCUAAAUUA